CUGAAUCUUGUAAUGGUGGGGGGAUUGCCCCCACUUUCACCUCCACAAAACAUGACUUAUCAGAACUAGGUACUCAAUAUUCAUUCUUGAGCUGAACAGAAGAAUACGCUAUACAGCCAGCAAAAUGACUGACAACAAUUGUGAUAAACCUAUAUCUUCGGAUGUUAUUGACUCGACAGUUGAUAUACCAACAAUGGAAGACAAGAACAAUACAAAACAGCAUCUAUCAAACGAAUCUUCGAAGUUCGACAGGAAUAUACAAUCACCCUCGAUAUCGAGCAGAAGUAAUGCAAAUAAAAGAAAAAGGUCGAGUUCAGAUAUAUUAGCAGAUAUAAGACACUAUCAAAAGAUAUACAAGAAAGAAAAACUGAAAAUAGAAAGGAAAAAAGUGAAGGCAAUGAAAGAGACGAUUAAUUUACUAAUCGCUAUGAACAGUUCACUGCAAGAUAGUUGCAACGUGCAAUUAGCAAGUAACCAAUUUUUGAAAAAAAAAAUAAAUAACCUUAGACAAUUAAAUAUGAACUGCGAUUUGAAUGGUGAGAUAAACAAAAGUAAGAUGGAAUUAGAUUAAUAUUGUUUUUAAGAAUAUUUCGUUUAAUGUUCCUUGUUUUGUAAUUCUUUUGUGGAAAUUAUCUCUGUUUUAUUCUAUGUAUAUUUAUAAUAUAUUUAUUUAAUUUUAUUAUAUCUUUAUAAUUGAGCUCCAAAAUUAUGUACAUACCUAUUACCUGUAAAAAAUUAUUGAAUGUUCUAUUAUGAAAUAAAAACCAUUUUAUAA